AUGCGACUUCUGGGCUCCGUAUCGCGCAUUUUUGGAGUUGUAAAUAGGAAGUCAUCUUCAACCACCAUAAAGACAGUUGCACUUAUACCCGGUGAUGGAAUAGGUCCAGAAAUAUCUGCAGCUGUUCAGGAAAUUUUCAAGUUUGCUGAUGUCCCCAUUAAAUGGGAAUCAGUGGAUGUAACACCUCGACCUACAGAAGAUGGUCGCUUUCGUAUGCCACAGUCUUCACUAGAUAUUAUACGCAAGCAUGGAAUUGGCUUAAAAGGUCCAUUAGCUACUCCAAUCGGGAAGGGUCAUCAAUCUUUAAAUUUGGCAUUACGAAAAGAGUUCAAUCUUUAUGCCAAUGUUCGACCAUGUAAAUCUAUUGAAGGCUAUGAAACUCCUUAUAAAAAUGUUGAUUUGGUUACAGUUAGAGAGAAUACUGAAGGCGAAUAUUCUGGUAUAGAACAUGUGAUUGUGGAUGGUGUUGUACAAAGUAUAAAAUUGAUUACUGAAGAAGCAAGUCGACGUGUUGCUAGAUUUGCAUUUCAAUAUGCAAAAGAUAAUGGUCGACGUAGUGUAACAGCUGUGCAUAAAGCUAAUAUUAUGCGAAUGUCAGAUGGUUUAUUCCUUCGAGUAUGCCGUGAAGAAGCCGCACACCAUAGGGAGAUUGAAUUUUGUGAUAUGUUUUUGGAUACUGUCUGUUUAAAUCUUGUUCAAGAUCCAACUCGUUUCGAUGUAUUAGUUAUGCCAAACUUGUAUGGUGAUAUAUUGAGUGAUUUAGCCGCUGGUUUGAUUGGUGGUUUAGGUGUUACACCAAGUGGUAACAUUGGUGAAACUGGAGCCAUUUUUGAAUCAGUACAUGGUACCGCUCCUGAUAUCGCUGGUCAAGAUCGUGCCAAUCCAACUGCUCUACUCUUUUCAGCCAUUAUGAUGCUUCGUUAUAUGAACUUAAAUAAGCACGCAGAUUUGAUUGAAUCUGCUGUAUUGGCCACAAUUCGUGAAGCAAAGUAUCUUACAGCUGAUCUUGGUGGUCGUUCAACAUGUUCUCAAUAUACUAAAGAAAUAUGUCGUCAAAUUGAACAGAAAGCUUCAAAUCGAUAA